AUGGCUGGUGACUGGUGGCUGAUGGCUGGUACCUUGACAGAAGAUGAAGGAUGUGCGAAAUUGAGAUAUGGGGAUCAAUCUUUUGACGGGACAGUAAAAUACUCUCCAAUGAAUUGGUUUGAGACGCCGGCAGUCGUUAAACUUGAAGCAGCGUGUUCGGGCGAGGAAGCACUUGGGCUGGAGAGCGGUCUCAUUACUGAUCAGCAGAUUACCGCUUCAUCCUUCUGGGGUAAGGCAAACGGUGAACAGAACGCUCGACUAAACCACCAAGCCGCCCGAGGUAAAACAAGUGCCUGGUCAGCGGGAAGCAAUGAUCUCAAUCAGUGGCUUCAAAUCGAUUUCGGACGAAAUGUGAAAAUUACAAAGCUUGCGACUCAGGGACGUAAUGACUACGGCAACCAAUGGGUGAAAAGUUAUACUUUCGCUUACAGUGCGGAUGGCAACCGUUAUCAAGUACUCGGUCGGAAUGUCCACAUGGAUUACGUUCAAGAGCAUCUUCGUACAAAAAGAGAGGUAGCCUUCGGACAGACCCAGGAGCGAGCCAAUAGAAUCGAGCUUGAAAUUCUAGCUGAUACUGUAUAUGUUAAGGGUGACGUGGACUUGCGUGGUACAAAAAAGUUGACAAUAUUCAGCCGAAAGGUGGUCUUUUUGAAAGACAGUCAACUGAACCUCAGAGCUCCCAACUUAGUGCAAAAUUUAAAUAUUCUGUCUCCUGGUACCGAUGGAGAUGAUGGGAAGCAUGGAGUUCAUGGUCCAACAGUCACAGUCUACGCGAAAAUGAUGGCUGGCUAUGUAAAUAUCAUAACAAGUGGCGGAAAUGGAAACCCGGGGCAAAAUGGCGCGAAUGGAAGAAAGGCAGCCGACAGCAUGCACAAGCAACCUGACAGGACAAACUCUGACUGCAAAAAAGGCAAAACAAAGCAUGGCUGCACUAGUCACAUUGCAGGGAUACCAGGUAAAUUAGGCGGAAAUGGAGGAAACGGCGGAGAUGGUGGGAGAUCAGGAAAUGGUGGCAAUGCAGGUCGUCAAACUCUUCAUGUUUUGAAAGUGAGAGGGUAUGUCGAAUUAACAUCUUGUCGUGGGUUUGGAGGGCAGGCGGCAAUAAACGGAUCAGGAGGAGCCGGUGGUUUAGGAGGACGAGGUGGCCGCGGAAUAAACUGUAGGAAGAAGGAAAGAUGUUCCGGCGGACGUGUAUUUUAUUCCUGUAGUCACUCGUGUGAAUCAUCCGGACAAACUGGCGAGGCCGCUCGCGGAGCAACUGGAAGAAGCGGAAGCAACGGACAAGAACUCGUCGCAAAGGGCUCCGAUGGUCAGGAGGAAAUGUCGUAUCUCCAGAAAUUUAGUCUGGGUCCAAAGCAAUUGAAAAAGUAUCCUCUGCAGCUGAUAAAGAUGAUGACAAGAUAUGGUGAAGAACUUCUCUGGGCCAACGAUGUCAAAAAGAGCAACGCUGUGUUCAAGUUUGUUGUAAAAUUGUCAAGUGGCAAAGCUGGAGCGUCUGAAUUGAGAAAAGUGGCAAAGAGAAGACUGGCUUUUAUGAACAAAGUAGGAUAUGACAGAUUUGGGAAGAACCAACUUUUCGCACCUAUUAUCAAAUGGGAGGCCUUCAAGAAACAGGUCGAAGUCAUCAAAGAUCGUGCAGAAACGUUUGAGAACGCUUACAAUGCUAUCAAAGAUUCGAUUACACGGCAUGAUGACGUUAAGACAAUAGUAAAAGCACUACCACAGGCUGCCAGACUUCAAGUUGUAAAGCAAAAGAACAGACUUGUUGAGGCCAAACGAAUAGCAGUAAGCGAAAAGGGAGCAUAUGUAUUGGCUAUCGGUGAGCUGGAGGCAAGCAUGAAGAGCAAUCUUCUAGAAGCAAAAGCGAUGCUUCCAGACGUGUACGAAAAAGCAAAGUUUAACAGCGACGACUUAUUCGUCAUUCUUGAGGGAAUAACAGGAUUCUUUAGUGGUGCAAUGGGAAAAGAUCCUUUCGCAGCCCUUGGAUCAGCCCUCGGGGUUAUUGGGCAUUUUGCUGGCAAAUGUGACCUUGGUAAACUUCAGGAUAAUUUGGAUAAAGUAGAAAAAUGGUUGAAAUUUGGAAAGGACUAUGCUGCCCUAAAAGACUCAAGUGAAUUGGAUUUUGACAAAAUGGAUGUGGCUGCUGUACCUGAAGUAAUGCAGGCUAAUCUGGAAAUGAACAAAGAGGGACUUGCAACGGAACUUGUUUGCCUGCUGGAUGAGAGGUCGAAACCUCGAAACUCGGCAAAGUUUCAAGAACAGAUCGAACGAUAUUUUAUCGCCGGUGCCGCAAGAAUCGAUCUCAUAGCAAAGGUCAUGGACUUGGAUAACGAAGUCGGUGGACAUAAAUUUGACAUCUCAAACUUAGAGGAGACAGCAAAUGAAAUUGAAAGCCUUAGUAAUUCUGGUGGUAAGGAUCUUUAUUCUCCCAUUGCUGAAAGCACACAACAGAUGUUUCUGGAUGGUUUACUUACGUCCUAUCAGCAGAUAGAAACAGGAUUUGCCCGACAAUUGUACCAGUUGUACAAAGGUUUCGAGUUUCGCUCUCUAUGGAUUGUUCGGGAAAAAUUAGCUGAAUUCGAACGGCGAGCAGUGUUAGCCGCGCAGGGAACAGGAAAUCUCCGUGGGGUUUUAGAGCUUACAAAAGCACUUCAAGAAAUUGACGAUAUCGAAAAUAAGGGACAGCGAUGCUUCACAAAAUUUCGUCACACAAUUACUACGCACAAAUGGACGUUUGACAGUGCUAAAGACAACGUGAUGUUCGACGAACUUCAUAAGGGCGCUACGAGGUUUUCAUUGAAAAUUUCAGAUAGCUGCGAUCUAUGUUAUAAUGUGCGCCUUUUGAAGAUGUACGUUGAGCUAGAAGGUGACGAAUCUCAAAGCGGUGAUUACCCAUCGAGGGUUUAUCUUAAAUUAAGACAUCUCAGUGGCUCUUACUUUAGAGAUGGAAACGGGAAUGUCAGGGAAUUCCGGCAGCCUUUAGGAUCAUGGCGGACGUUAGAAUUCGACCGAUUUGCAAUCACUAAUACCGAAGGAUGCAACAAAGAAAAAGCAAAAGGAAACAAGGAUUCUCUCUUCUGUAUGGGCAAGGACGAUAACCGCUUUCAACCAAUGUGCUGUCAUUAUCUUAGCGGUUCACCGUGUGAUGACACACUUCUUGGAGCAGAAGAAUGCCGGAGUCCAUUUGGAACUUACGAGAUGACCAUACCGAUUGACAGCAAAACUCCCUGUAAAGCCAGUGGCUCGCGCAUAACAGACGGAAAUUGCAAGGACUUUGAUCGUUCAGUGUUCACAAAAAUGAACGUGUGGAUUCAGUAUCUGUACUGGACUGGUGAGUACCCAAAAGGUCCAGACGACCCAAGAUGCAGCAAGUUCCAGGACCCAGACUCCGAGGCCGAGCAUGUUCCCAUAACUAUUAACCAUGAAGCAUCAGGUGAUAUCGAGUCAUAG